AUGGAUGACUUGGACAAGUUUUUCUCUAAAACAAAGAAUAAAAAGGGUGAUUCAGCUAACGCAUCUUACUACCAUAUUGUAAAUCCAUCGACCAACAUUGCUGUUGUUGGUGCUGAGAUGACCCAUAGCUUCUUUACCAACGUGACCACCAUCACCGUGGGUACACAACAUGCAUUGGAUCCAUUAACCACAAUCAAGGCACGAGCGAACAAUGCCGGAAAGGCAAGCGCACUCAUCCAGCACGAGUGGCGCCCGAAAUCCCUUUUUACCAUUUCUGGAGAGAUGGAUACAAAGUCCAUCCAUAAGAGCCCCAAGGUUGGACUUGCUUUGGCACUCAAGCCUUGA